CCGGUGGUCCCAGCCCCCAUGCCCUUCACCUCAGGGACCUUUGGCAGGCCUGGGUUACCCAGGACACGUGCAUCGAAUGUCCCCACAGCCCUUGUGAGGCAGAUACUGGGGGCCUCCCCGCCCCCUGCUUCACAGCAGAAACCCAAGGGGCCUGUUAGUUUUCUGGGCCGGCUGUGAUGAGGUCCCACAGACUGGGGGGCAGGGCAACAGGCAUUUGGUGGGUCACAGUUCCAGCUCCAGGAAUCCCAGAUCAAGGUGUGGGCAGGGCUGAGCUCCCUCUGGAUUGGGUUCGGGGGUCCUCGCCGCCUCUUCCAGCUCCUGGUCCCCCCAGACCUUCCUUGUGGCAGCGUCACUGCGAUCUCCACAUGGCCUUCUCCCUGUGUCUUGUCACCUUGUCUUCCCUCUGAGCGUGUCUGUGUCCCAGUUCUCCCUUUUUAUAAGGACACCGGGGGUAUUGGAUUAGGGCCCACCCUCCUCCAGCAGGCCCUCGUUGUGACUGGCUCAUCUGCCAAGACCCUGUUUGCAAAUUGGGUCCCAUUCACAGGUCCUGGAGGUCAGGACUGUGGCCUCUCUGUUUGGAGGACACAAUUCAAGCCACAACAGAGCCGAACCAGAGUGUCCUUCUCCACUGCAGACCCAUUUGUGACACUGCCUGGCGACAGCGACAGCGGGUGGCACCGAAGGGGAGGGGAGGAGUGAUGGGGCGGGUGUGAGGGUUCAAGGGGAGCUCUCGCUGCACCCGGGCCUGCUGGGCAGGAGGGGAGCUGCGCUGUGGUCAGGUGAACACAGAGGCAGGAGGGAUGGGGCCCGGGACCUGGGAGGGGGGAGGCCACCGUAGAGCCCCCGGGGGCGGAACAGGAGCCAGCAAGGGGGAGCGAACACCGGGAGUCAGCCAGGACCGUGGGCAGCUGCUGGGGGGGGCCCAAGGAGGCCAACAUGCCAGCACAGCCUCAAGAGGACUGGGGUGGCCAGUUCUGUGUAGACAGGCAGAUGCCAACCAGAAGCAGGGGGUCCAGGCAGGACAAGGCGUGUGGACACGCAGGGCUGGGAGAGGGGAGCAGCCUGGGUCUCAGUCCCGUUUCUCCCCUCGCCUCUGCCCAUCCUGGCCCCCAUACGUGGCAGACCUGGGUGCUGUGGGACCCCCAGGCCCCAUGGACUCCACGACUGAAGGUAUGGUCCGUGUGCCAGGCCUGCCCCUCUUCCCUGGCUGUUUCUGCCCCACAGCAUCCCCCACAGGCCCCCAGGGCUCUUAAAGCAAAUUCUUCCCUUAUCAGCCACUGUCGCCUCUGCUGCGACGGGACUGUCUGGCUGGGGUCUCAGGCCCUAUCUCUCUGCUCUGCCUGCUCCACUGCCUGUGGACGCGGGACUCUCCCCCUCGCUCCCUCUUUCAUGCUCUUUCUCUCUCGUCCUCUUUCAGCGCCCCCGAUCCUGGUUGCCACGGCAACGCUGCAGCGGGUACCAGGUGGCGGCUGGGGGCAGGGCUCUGCCGCAGCCUCCGCCAUUUCCGAUGCCAGGCACCCGCGAGGCGCAGGGCUGGGGCUCAUUUCGGGGGGCACUCGGGGCCUCCCCAGGCCUGGCAGGCAGAUGGGAGGAUGCAGUUUCCAUGGCAACCUGGCCGGCCCUGAAAGGGGGGCGGGGGACUGCAGAGGAAAUUUUCCACAUCAGCAGGAAAGGAGGAGGGCGCGAUGCAGAGAAGGACCUGGCCGGGACAGUCCCUUGUUUCCCACCUGCUGACCAAGGGACCGGAACUGGGCCUAGAACUUGUUUUUGUCUGGAAUCGCGAUCCAGCACGAAUGGCGGGGAGCGUGCCCCCUUCCCUGCAGCUCCAGAACCUCGCUGCCGUUGGGGAGAGGUGGGGUCCCCCUCAGCCCUGGCUGACCCGGCCACAGAGCAGCAGCUCCUGGAGGCCUCACGCCGCUGGGACCACGCUGUGUUUGUGGCCCGGGGGGCCUUGUGGGGCACUGAGGACAUCGCCAGGUUGGACGCAGCCGGGGGCCUCCAGAGCCUCCGUGUCACCAUGGCCACGCACCCCGAUGGCUUCCGGCUCGAGGGCGCCCUGGCUGCGGCGCACAGCACGGGGCCUCGCACGGUGCUCUACGAAGGCCCCGUGCGCGGGCUCUGCCCCUUCGCCCCCCGCAACUCCAACACCAUGGCGGCCGCCGCCCUGGCCGCCCCCAGCCUGGGCUUCGACCGCGUGAUCGGGGUGCUUGUGGCCGAUCUCAGCCUCACGGACACGCACGUGGUGGACGUGGAGCUGAGCGGACCCCCGGGCCCCACGGGCCGAAGCUUUGCUGUGCACACCCACAGGGAGAACCCCGCCGAGCCAGGCGCCGUCACCGGCUCCGCCACUGUCACCGCCUUCUGGCGCAGCCUCCUGGGUGCGGCCGGGCCCCCCUCCCCGGGCCUGGGCUCCCGGGCUCUGCAGGGCGUGGGUCUCGGGCGCUGCUGCUUCUGCAGCUGUGGUUGAUGACUGAUCUUUAUUUCUGAGUCCCCUUAGCCUUCCACUCCACGGCUCUGAAUCUGCGUCUCUCUCUCUCUGUCCAGGUCUCCUCUUUCUGAGUCUCUGUGUCCCCCGUUCUCUGGGACCCUCCCUUCCCUCUGUGUCUCUGUCCCCCUCUGGGUCCCUGGCCCUCUCUGCAGGUCUUCCUCCACCCCCGGCUUGCUCUGUCCCCUCCUCCAGGUGUCUGUCUCUCUCCCUCUCUGUCUCAGCCUCUCAUUCCCCGUAUCCCCCGCAGGCUGCUGCCAGCUCCCCUCCAGGCCCGGGAUCCAUCUCUGCUGAGAAGCCUGCUCCUGCCCCAGAGGACAUGCUCGGCUCAUUGACCCCCUCCCCACCCUCCCGCUGCCCUGGCCUAAGUUUCCCUGGAUCUCCCUCUUGUCUCAGUAAAUAUUGGAGGCUUUUCUCUCA